AUGUUGUCGCCGUUGUUGCACCCAGUUGUUCCACCAGUCGUUCCACCUGUGGUGCCGCCUGUGGUGGUGCCCAUCGUUGAGCCAGUCGUUCCACCUGUGGUGCCGCCUGUGGUGCCCAUCGUUGAGCCCAGUGUAGUUCCACCGUCGUUCCUGCAAGCAAUUCCACUUGUUCAACGAAAGAAUGACCAAGCAGCCUUGGUGAGAGAUCGGUAUCGUGGAAUGUACAAGCGAUAUGGUUGCGACGCGUCGGGUGUCACUGGCGGAGUUACAGGCAGUCAAUUCGGGACCACGGCAUCGGGAACGACGGGUGGAACAACACUGGGCUCAACGAUGGGCACCACAGGCGGCACCACAGGUGGAACGACUGGCUCAACGAUGGGCACCACCACAGGCGGCACCACAGGUGGAACGACUGGUGGAACAACUGGUGGUGGCACAACUGGCGACACAACUGGUGGAACAUCAGGAACGUCUGGAGGAGACAUGGUUACCAUGUAG